UUGGAAUCAAAAGAGGAGAAAAAGGGGAAGAGCUGCCGUCUCUCUCUCUCUCUCUUCGAGUCUUCUCCUACCGCCGGCUGCCGCACCACGCGACGCGACACAACGCCGCCACCGCCGGGGCGCCGGGUGAUUCGCCUCACCGCCCUCCCGUGAUCCCGCCCCCCGCGCCGCCGCCGUCAGGCCCUCGGGAUCGGUACGGCGCCCCGGCGCCUACUGCUCCUCCUCGAUCUGGAGAGGCGAUGGGUGAUGGAGAGAAACGCACGGUGUUUGUGACGGUAGGAACCACAUGCUUCGAUGCGCUCGUGCAGGCAGUGGAUUCUGAACGAGUGAAGGAAGCAUUGCUGCAGAAGGGUUACACUCAUCUUUUGAUUCAGAUGGGCCGAGGGACAUAUGCGCCUUCCAAGGUCACAGGAAAUUCAACUCUUCAAGUUGAUUACUUUACUUUUUCACCAAGCAUUGCUGAUUACAUCAGAGAAGCAUCCUUGGUCAUCAGUCAUGCAGGUUCUGGAAGUAUAUUUGAGACGCUGAGACUCAGCAAGCCUCUCAUUGUUGUUGUGAACGAGGAUCUUAUGGACAAUCACCAGAGCGAGUUAGCAGAGGAACUGGCAGAGAGGAAGCACCUCUUCUGUGCCCGUCCACAGACACUGCAAGAAACAAUCCAGGCAAUGGAUCUAACUACUCUCCAACCUUAUGUGCCAGGGGAUGCCAAGCCAGUCGUCACACUGAUCAACAAGUUUCUCGGAUUUCCGGGCGAAUGAUCCUUCUUUAUUCCUCUUGGUGUCGCCAAAUGAUGUAGCUUAGAGAUGCUAGUGGUGCAUGCAUACGGGCUGCCUUUUUCUUUUUUGGUAUUUUUCCUUCGAAAAGAAUCAAAGAUAGGUAUGAGCAAUUAAGCAGCAUACACUUUCAUUCAA